AUGGCCAAAGACAAGUCCCAAGAAGGGACGCAAGCCAAGAAGAUGGGCGAGAAGCUGAAACACGCCAAAGACACUGCUGAAGAGGACAUGAGCGCCGAGACACAAAAAUCCACCUACACCGAAAAGACCAACAAGUCUGAAACCAAGGACAAGAAGAAGCGCAAGAAGUCGUCCAACGAGACCGAUGGCGAUGUGUCUAUCAAGAAGAAGCGACGACACAGCACGGAAAACGAUAAUCAGGAUAAAGAGGAGGACAAGCCUAAGAAGAAGAAGAAGAGGGUUUCCUUCGGACCUGACACGAAAACCAAAGACGCAGACAGCGACAGCGACAGUCCCGCCGACGAUGAGCACGAUGACGACGAUAGCUCCGAGACAGUGACGGGCACCGAUUCCGAAGCCAAAGAAGCCGAAGAAGCCGAGAACAAGUUAAUCGAGGAGAUGAAGAAGCGCAAGCGCGAGAAGAAGAAGGCGCGCAAGGAGGGGACGAAGUCUGGGUCUACGUCCACGGCCACAUCAUCAGCUGCAGAGAUCCACGAGACGCCUAUCCUGUCCUAUCUGAGCUGGUACUAUCGUGACCGCGCGUCGUGGAAGUUCCAAAAGAAUCGCGAGACCAACCUUUUCAAACACCUCUACUCGGCCGAGCAUGUCCCCGCGCCUUACAACCUGCCGCUCCUGACGUACCUGCAGGGUCUGAAGGGCGACGCCGCAAAGGCUCGGCUUAGGCAGGGCGCGGUGCAGAUCCUCAAGGGCGACGCCGACGACGCGGGCGUUGAGUACCAGCAGGCUGUGAAUGCGUUCCGGACAUCGUUGCUCGGCGGUGGUGAUGAGCUGAACGUCGCUGGCGCCGUGGACGGCUUAGAUGCCGAGGCGGACAAGCGUCUCCGGAAGAGGCAGAGGGCGGAGCUGGUUUUCUUCGCUGUCACAGGAGAGGUGUUUGAUCGGGAGGAGGUUGUUCGCAAGCAGAAGGAGGCUGCGAAGGCGGAGGCGCAGAAGCAGAAGAAGAGGAAGAAUCGGACUGUUGUUGUUGAUAUCUCCAGCAGUGAGAGCGACGGCGACGAGGAUAAGCCUGCGAAGGCUAAGAAGAGUGUUGCUGCGACAGAAAGCAGCGAUGACUACACCAGCAGUAGUGGCAGUGAUUCAUCAAGCAGUGACGGUGACAGCGACAGCGGCAGUGACACUGCUCCUGCUGCGAAGAAACGCGCACCGAAGAAGUCUGCACCGGCUCCUCUGAAGGAGGAGCCUGCUGCAACCGUGCCUAGCAAGAACAAGAAAAAGCAAAAGCGCAAGAUGCGGACUGCGCAGAUUGAUAUCUCGAGUAGCAGCGAAAGUGAUAGUGAUUAG